AGUGGAGAAAAAGAUCGACAUAUAAAAGGGUGUCCCGGCGCUGCCAGGCAUCAUAUCGUUAAAGAUCGUUCAAGUGCAACAAAGUCCUCGUGGUGUGGCAUCAUUUGCAUUUUUUUGGAACUUGGAAGAGUUGUAGUGAACGGGAUUAAAAAGGAAAAAUUUUAGAAGAAAAAAAUAAAUAGUGAAAAAUGAAGUUCCUUCUGCUUCUUGGUGCCAUUGUGGCUGCUACUAUGGCUGCUCCCAGUGUUGUGGAUAAUCACAUUGAGGAAAGCAACCCCUUGGGGAGUGUGGCGCGAUUUGUGGCCAAUUGUGCCGACAGCGGGGAUGUAACGACGUGCCUCUCAGUGAGGGGUAUCAUGGCACUCAAUCGUGCCGCACGUGCCCAGAAGAUUGAACUUCUGACUGGAGUUACAUUCAAUCGUGAUCCAUCAGCUGUAUUCCGCAGUGGGAAGGCACUGUCGGAAAAUGAAAUCACAGCCAGUUUGCCGAGUGGUGUGCAGGAAAAAACUGGGCGACUAUUCGAUCUCACUCUCGAGGCAGCCUCCAACUUCCUCACGAGUCACGAUCUCGAAAUCAAAUUGCCCGCAGAGACCACGCAGAACCUGGCGCGCUCCAUUGAAGAAGGUCGUGGAAAGUUGAAGAAAAUUGCUGGACCUUUAGUACUUGCUCUUGGCGCAAAGAUUGUUGCCCUUGUGCCACUCUUCCUCGGUGGAUUGGUUCUUCUUGCAACAAAGGCGCUCGUUGUUGCUAAGGUUGCUUUCGUUCUUGCUGCUGUUCUUGGUAUUCAGAAACUUCUUGGCAGCAGUGGUGGUGGUGGAUUCAAUCUCCUAGGAAAGAUCUCAGGAGCUGGAAACCAACAACCACAGUGGUCGGCAAACUCCAAUAAUCCUGCAUGGUCUUCAGGAGCAUCUCAGGGAUGGUCUUCAGGUGCAUCAGGUGGUGCCUACCCCUAUGCCAGGAGCUACGAUGCUCAAGAGCUCGCGUACCAUGGGCAAAUACCUGAACAUAUUCAAUAAACUUAAACAAACCGUCCAGACUCCAGCAAUAGAAAGAAAGAAUCUCAGGACAAUGCCAUUUGUAGUGUCACGAUCUGAAGAUUAACUUCUUCCUCAUAAGACUUCAUACCCAAAUAAUUUAUUUUGUAGGAAAAAAAAUGAUGAGAUAGAGGAGUGACUUAAUGUUUAAUUUAUAUAAGAAAUUGUGUGUAAAAGACUUACGCGAUAAACAAUAAAAAGAUCCCAUUGAGAAUUA